CUUCAGUGCUUCUGGGAAGGUUAUCCUGCUUUAGAUCUCAAUCACUGUGUUGUGAUCAUGUUAACAAGCUUAAGUACAUGCCAAUGUCCCUGGGGCAGCUCUUUAAGAACUACUGACCAUUACAGAAAAAAAUGCCAAAUGGCCCUAUGUUUGUAUUGUCCAAGAGCAAAACCAAGAGCAUUUCCGGUUUGGGUACAAUAUAACCCACGCUCUAGACCCCUGCUCACACUGGCUUCCACACACUCAUGGAGGGCACACUACACAAUAGUGAGGUGAUUAACCUCACUUCAUUCCGAAGCCAAUACUCUGUCCCUUCAACACUUAACGGUGGAGACAGCCAUCGGUACACCAUCGAUGAAAACGGUGGUUAUGACUUAAAUGGGGUGACUUCACGUGGUUCAGUUGUGAUGUCUGGAUAUGAUACGCUAGAUUCUCCACCUAGUUAUGACUUUUAUGCUAAUACAGAAGUUUUUGGGAGAACAAAAAAAUUAAGACCUUCGCUCUUUCAUCUUCAUUCCAACCAUGAGGAUGAUAGUUCCCCACCUCCUCUGUACGAGGAGACAAGUGGGAACAAAGAAAGCCCUGAUGAAGAGCCAGCGGAACCUCCUCCAGAGCCCGCUCGCUUUGGAUGGGUUCAAGGAGUUAUGAUUCGUUGUAUGCUCAACAUCUGGGGGGUUAUUCUGUACCUCAGGCUUCCAUGGAUUACAUCUCAAGCUGGAAUUGGUUUGACUUGGAUUAUUAUCCUGCUUUCCUCCUGCAUUACUGGGAUCACUGGCCUCUCUACGUCUGCCAUCGCUACCAACGGCAAAGUCAAAGGAGGUGGCACAUAUUUCCUGAUCUCACGCAGUUUGGGUCCAGAGCUCGGAGGAUCCAUUGGACUGAUCUUUGCUUUUGCUAAUGCAGUGGCUGUAGCUAUGCACACUGUAGGUUUUGCUGAGACUGUGCAAGCACUAAUGCAGGAGAGUGGUACAAGCAUGGUAGACCCCCUUAAUGACAUCCGCAUCAUUGGUGUAAUCACUGUCACUUGUCUGCUAGCAAUUUCCUUAGCUGGGAUGGAGUGGGAGUCCAAGGCCCAGGUUUUGUUCUUCUUCGUUAUUAUGGUUUCCUUUGCAAAUUACAUUGCUGGUACCAUAAUGCCUGCAACUCCUCAGAAGCAAGCGAAAGGCUUCUUCAGCUACAGAGGUCAGAAUAUGGAUCAUAUGCAUCCUCUCAGGAGAUUACAUACAGUAUGUACGUUUAUGUGUCUCACAGUGUGCUUUUCUUUGUGCCUACCAGCGGAAAUUUUUGCAGAAAACUUUGUGCCCAGCUGGCGUGGGCCAGGAGGCAGCUUCUUUGGCAUGUUCUCCAUCUUUUUUCCUUCUGCCACAGGCAUUCUUGCAGGAGCCAAUAUCUCUGGAGACCUGAAGGACCCCAAUGUGGCUAUACCCCGUGGCACAAUGCUGGCCAUUUUCUGGACCACCAUGUCUUAUCUUAUCAUCUCUGCUACUAUUGGCUCAUGUGUAGUGCGCGAUGCUUCUGGUAAUCCUAAUGACACUCUUCUCAUCGCUGAUUUUGAUACUGCGGACUGCCUGGGGACUGCCUGUAAAUAUGGAUGGAACUUCAGCGACUGCAUUGCCAACAAGACCUGCACUUAUGGCCUUAGCAACAAUUACCAAACCAUGAGUAUGGUGUCUGGAGUUGCUCCCCUGAUUGCAGCUGGUAUCUUUGGAGCUACUUUAUCCUCAGCUCUGGCUUGCCUUGUUUCAGCCCCCAAAGUGUUUCAGUGUCUUUGCAAGGAUCAGUUGUAUCCAGGGAUUGGUUUCUUUGGAAAAGGCUAUGGAAAGAACGAUGAGCCAUACAGAAGCUACCUCUUAACAUAUAUCAUUGCUGUGUGCUUCAUCCUCAUUGCUGAACUGAACACUAUUGCUCCUAUCAUCUCCAACUUUUUCCUGUGCUCCUAUGCCCUCAUCAACUUCAGCUGUUUCCAUGCCUCCAUCACCAACUCUCCAGGUUGGCGUCCUUCAUUUCGGUUCUACAGUAAGUGGGCGUCCCUGGUGGGUGCUGUGGUGUCUGUGGUCAUCAUGUUCUUGCUCACUUGGUGGGCUGCUCUCAUUGCCAUCGGAAUAGUGGUCUUCCUAUUAGGAUAUGUGCUCUACAAGAAGCCUUCUGUGAACUGGGGUUCCUCAGUGCAAGCAGGCUCCUAUAACAUGGCACUUUCCUACUGUGUGGGUCUCAACCAUGUGGAUGACCACAUAAAGAAUUAUAGGCCACAGUGUCUGGUUCUUACAGGGCCUCCCAGUUUGCGGCCAGCUUUGGUGGACUUUGUAGGCACCUUCACCAAGAACCAGAGUCUGAUGAUGUGUGGGAAUGUCAUUAUAGGAGCCCAGACACCUGAAGCUUUGGAUGCUGCCAACAGCAGCAGUCAUGUGACAUGGCUCAACAAGCGAGGCAUUAAGUCUUUCUGUCAUGGAGUAGUUGCUGAUAACCUGCGCAGUGGUGUGCAGAUAUUACUGCAGGGUGCAGGUCUGGGGCGGAUUCGACCUAAUGUCCUAGUAAUGGGAUUUAAAAAGAACUGGCGCAAAUGUCCACCAACAAUUACUGAUCAAUACAUAGGCAUUUUACAUGAUUCCUUUGACCUGCAAUAUGGUGUAUGUGUUCUUCGGAUGAAAGAAGGUCUUGAUUUGUCUCAUCAGAUGCAAGCACAUGUAAACCAUGCAUUUGAGGCAGCCGCAGAACCAGGGCCUGAUACAAGACCUUCGAUCAACACACUGGACCCAGAAUCAAUGCUGGCUCUUCCUCAACCCACCACUGUCUUUCAGUCCAAACAGGAAAAGAAAACCAUUGAUGUGUAUUGGCUGUUUGAUGAUGGAGGUCUGACUCUACUGUUGCCCUACCUUCUUAAGCGCAAGAAGCGCUGGGGCAGAUGCAAAGUAAGAGUGUUUGUAGGAGGAGAAAUCCAGCAUGUUGAGGAACAGAAACAGGAGCUCACAGCUCUCAUCAGCAAGUUUCGCCUUGGCUUCCAUGAAAUCCAUGUUCUUCCCGACAUCAAUGAGAAACCCCAGCCUGAACAUGUUAAGAGGUUUGAGGACCUUCUGGCACCAUAUAGAGUACAUGCUAUUCAAAAGAAUGAAGAAGGAGGGGGACAGCCCACCAGUGACUGCCCAUGGACAGUAUCUGAUGAGGAGAUGGAGAAAAAUACAGCGAAGUCCUUCAGACAAAUCCGCCUUAAUGAAGUCCUUCAAGACUAUUCAAGGGAUGCAGCUUUAAUUAUUGUAACGAUGCCCAUAGGCCGGAGAGGAGCAUGUCCCAGUGCUCUUUACAUGGCUUGGCUGGAAACCUUAUCUCGUGAUCUACGACCUCCAGUGCUGCUUGUCAGAGGCAACCAGGAGAGUGUACUCACCUUCUAUUGCCAGUAAUCAAACACCAAAAAAGAUGAUCAGCUAUGCAGUGGAUGACUCCUUUGCUUUUUAAAUCAUAGAAUGAUGUAAAAUAAGACUUAGUAUGCACAUAGCACUUGCCUUGGUUUUAAUGGGGUUUUCUUAAACAUGUAUGUUAAUAUGUUUGUCAUUCUGUGACUGAUGUCUUUCUAAUGUCUUUCUAAACCAUAUUGUUUCAUUUACAUAUUAUUUGUGACAUUUAUUUUCCUUCACUGUAUUUAACUCAUAUAAUCCUGCUUUUUAAUGAUAAUCAGUUCAAACAGAUUGACUGUAACCUCUUUUCUAAGUCAUUUUACUAAUUUCAUUUACAUUUGUUUUAUUAAGUUUCCCUGAUGAAAAAUCCAGUAUAGUCUGACCACUUACCAGCAGCCAAAACAUUGGAUGAGCUGGUCAAACUGGUAGACCACGUUAGCCAAAAGACAAGAAAACAGUUAAUUUACCACUACUAAUGCCACAUCUUAGACAAGUUGCUUUAUUAGGUCAAUAGGUGCUAAUUGCUGUAAAUGGGGCAAAAAAAGUUUUUUAAAUUGACAAUAUUUUUCAUAAAUAAAAGUGCAGUAAUCGAUGCAAAUGAUAUGAUUUGAACACUCAAUUAGGUGGCACGGUGGUAUGGCACGGUGGUAUGGCAGGUAGCAGUGUGGCCUCACGGUUAUGGAGUACAGUUUGAUUGUGAUCUUAGCUUGAUAUCUGAAGCAUCUUGCCUGUAAGGGUUUCCUCACAGUUUCCUCCCACCUCCCAAAAGCAUUCCAGGUGGGAUUGUCUACUCUAAAAUUGCCCUUAGGUGUGACUGAAUGUGUGACUGUUUGUAUGCCAAGAUCAAUACAACAGAACCCCACCCAGUUUUGUUGAGAUAAGCUCCAAAUCCCCUAUGACAUCUCGCCCCCCCCCCAAUUUUGUUGAGAUAAACCCCAAAUCCCCUAUGACAUCGGGUUGGAUUAUUUGUUACUGAAACUGAUAAAACUGAACAGAUUGAACUGAUUGAGAUGAUCUAAGAAUGUAAUUAUUUAAGUAUAUAAGUACGUGUGUCUUGUUAAGUUGUAUUUAUUGUUGUUUGUAAUUAAAUAAACAGACAAUUAACACCCA